CAGUGGUUAAAUAAAAUGUGAAGCAACAGACUUUCCUGCGUGGUGUUGCAGUGCUCACGCCUGCUGAGAGCAUUAUUUUGAAAGGACGUCCUCCCUGGUGGCUGCUGUGAGUCUGUUCUCCCAGUUCACAGUCAGUUGAUCCAGAUUGUGACAGCAGCAGGACAUGACUGAGAGAAACUGCCGACACAGCAGGAUGGUGAGGAGUUUCUCCAGAGAUUCUGCCAGUCUGAAAAGAACUGUAUCGACAUGCGAGGAGAACAUCCCAUCAGCGCUGCCGCUGUUGCUGGACAUGGUCACCGGUCCAGAUCGACUUCCUGCAGGCGACCAAAUGCAGGAAAUGUUGAGGGGGAAACUGCGAGCUUUGGAGGCUGACAGCACAGAGGUCGACGCUCUGUUCAUGGAAAUGUCUGCUCAUCUGGUCUCUGUGGACAGCGAGGACAAAAUCAUCUUUGUCACCUUCAAAGCCUUGGAGGAAAUUUGCAAGUUCACCACCUACAACAGACACAGAUUUUUGGGUCAUUGCUUGGAGAACCUGCUGUUCGACCAAGAGUUUUGGCUCAUCGCAACGGAAAAAGAUAUCAGCAUUGAGGUUUCUUUUGAUGAAAGCAGGAUGAACCUUCUCUAUAAAGGCAUCCUCAUGCAGGAGGGCUCAUUGUUCGCUUGCUGCACAUCUAACCAGAUGUUUGACAGCUCCACGUCUGGUGGAGACUUGUACCUGGAGCAGGGAGAGAUCGCCCAGUUUGAGCCUCCCUUCCUCGGCUCGGGGUGGACCGUACUUUGCCUGGCAGACGGCGCUCGAGGGACUUCUCCAAAACCUUCCUUAGAACCAGUCACACCCUUCCAUCAAUCAUUCCUUAAAUCUUGCCCAGAAAGCAUUCUGGUUGGUGACGGAAAGUCCUCCAGCCGAUUUCCUCUUCAGUUCGCCAGAGGAACCUGUGUGGCAGCCGUGAGCUACGAUCCUGAAGGUCCAGAUGAACUUCGCGUCUCAGCUGGUGAUCAAGUGAACAUUGUUGGAUUCCUGGCGUCGUGCUUUUACUGGUUCAUGGGUGAAAAUGAGGCCACAGGAGAAGUGGGUCUGCUCAAGACGGACCUGGUCAACGCCAGUGACACUGUUUAUGAGGCAGAUGAUAUUCUUCUGGAUGGAGAGGAUGGGAUGUUUUCUACCCUAGAAACAGAUUAUGUCAUCGGGGAAACUAUUGCCUUACUGAAGAGCAGAUCGCAAAAUGACACAUGGAAAAAAUACAAACUUGAUUUCCUCACUUCCAAAGGCUCAAGGUUAAACAUCAGCAGCGAGAAUCUCCAGUCUGAUCUGAAGAGGAAUAUCCAGAUGAUUCUGGAGGAUUCAGCUCAAGACUCUGCCCUGACCAGCAUGACAUCCCAGCACAAGACUCCGAACAGAGCAGAAAGUCAAAACUCUCUGCGCUUCACCGUUGACUCGGUUGAGGAAGGAAACGGCAUCACUGAGGGCUGCAUGCAGCUCCUCUCAUUCCUGAGUGGACGAGAGUUCAAACCUGAAUUUGGGGCCUUGUACCGACUGAGCUCCGAUCUUGUCGCCUCGUCCUCAUUCAGCGGACAUUCUGAUCAAGAUGAGCUGAUCGGAUUCCUGGCUGCUGCUCGAGAGACUGCAAGAAAGAAGCGGCUGCUGUGGUCUCAAACCCGUUUGUGUUUCUUGUUGGCUCGGCUCUGCGCCGGGAGGACCAAGUUUAGCCAAGCCAGAGUUUACUUUGAGGAGGCGCUUAGUUUGCCACACGAGGGCUUCUUGGACUUCCGGCUGUUAGCCAGCAUCUACUCCAACCUGAGUGUGAUAUAUCUGCUGCAGAAGAACACUGAGCGUUUCUUUUAUGUGUCUGAGAGACUCGCUGCUCUGCUGAUGGCGUUUCCAUUCUGUCUGGAAUGUAUGGAGGAUAACCUAGCUCUUAGAUUCAUGCUCAAGAAAGCCAUCCUGUCUGAGAACAAACCAGCAGAAGCUCGGGGCUGUUAUCUUCUGGCAAAGCACCACUGGAGCCACUCUGAGGGGGCUCAGGUCAUCACUUACCUCGAGAGACUUGUCCUGCUUAGUGCACCAGAAACAUGGAGCUUCUCAGUCAGUCAUGGAUACCUGGCGCUGGGAAACCUCUACAGAAAACUUGGCCUCCCACACCUCAGUGUUAGCUCAGUGCGGAGAGCUUCUCUUGAUGGUGAGCUGACACACAGCCUCAGUGGAAUCCUUCUGGUGAUGGAAGCAGCCAAAGAUCUGCAUGGUGUCACGGAGCAGGAGGCUUCUCUGCCCACUCACGCCGCUCCAUUCCUGCACCAGUCUCUCCGCUUCACUAAACUCUCAGAAGGAGAAACUGACUCGCACCACCUGCUGAACUACCACCUCACUACUUGUUUGUGUCAGUUGCUAACUGACCACAGAAUGGUGGGAAAUGCCAUCUACUACAUGCACACGCUGCUAAACAGCAGCCCGCCUUUACAGCAGCUCCACAUCUCCCUCAGAGACAGAAAGAACACGCUCAUCUGGCUGGCGGGCCUCCACAUUGACAACAAGCAGCCUGCAGACGCUCUGGAAAUAUUGGAAUCCAUCCUGGAUGUCAUGCCAGAGAACUGCACCACCCAGCAGGAAGGUCUCGUCCUCAACAUGUGUGGCGUGGCCUUUCGCUGCAUGGGUGACCUCCGGAGGGCAGCAGAGAGCUACCAGGCUGCUAUAGCCAUCUGCCAGGAGUAUGACGACCUGCCCAACUGGGCUGUGGCCCAGGCAAACCUCGGAAUGCUGUGUGUGAAAGCUGGCGCUGAAGGACUCGCGCUCAGAAACCUGAGCGAGUCAGUGCAGCUCUUCUCUGAGCUGGACGCCGAGUAUCACAUGGAGAACUUCAUCUUUGUGCUUCUGGAGCUGGGCAGGCUCUAUGUGAAGCAGCAGCAGAUUGAAUUUGGGAAAGGAUGUUACGAGUGGGCUUUGCUGCUCGCAAUCAGUGCCAACCGUUCUGAAUGCCAGCUCACAGCAACGAGACAUCUGUGUCGCCUGUAUGGAUUUGAGAGACCGGACCAGGCCAAGUGUAUCAUCUACAGCCAGUAUCUGGUCCAACUGCUCCAUCGCACCAAGGACAGACGGCAGGAAGCGGAGGCUCUGGAAACUGUUAGCAAACUCUACCUAACGCUGGGCACAGAGAGGGCGUACCGGGCGGCUCUUGACUACACAAAGACCAGCCUUGGUAUUUUCAUAGAUCUGGGCUGUAAAGAGAAGGAAGCCUACAGCUGGUUGGAAUCCGGAAAAAUCUACCACCUGCUGGGUCAGACGGAACUGGUGGAGCUUUAUGUGCAGGCAGCCCAGGAUGUUGCCCUCACCACAGGCGACACCAAAUUCAUUUUGAAGAUAUUAGAAGCAGCCGGUGACAUUUUCUUCAACAGUGACAUGGAUCAAGACAAGGCUGUCACCUUCUACCGGGACCGGGCGCUUCCCAUCGCAGUGAAGAGUGGCUGCGUUCACACCAAGCUCCGGUUGUGUAACAAACUGACUGAAGCUUUGCUCAAUCUCAACCUGGAUGGAGAAGCUCUGGAGUUUGCUCAGACGUCCCUGGACAUCAGCAUCACUCUGGGCGAUCGACUGAAUGAGCGCGUGGCCUACCAUCGGCUGGGUUCUCUGUAUCACAGACUGAAGCGGUGUGAACUGGCUGAGCAUCACUACCUGAAGGCUCUCACGCUCUGUCCGUCCCCUCUGCAGUUUGACGAGGAGACGCUCUACUACGCCCGAGUGUACCAGACACUCGGGGACAUUAUCUUUUACGAUCUGAAGGACCCAUUCGACGCAGCAGGCUACUACCACUUGGCGUUGGCAGCAGCGAUGGACGUGGGAAACAAGAAGUCCCAGAUGAUUCUUUGCACCCGCCUGGCCACCAUCUACCAUAACUUCCUUGUUGACCGAGAACUCUCCUUGUACUUCUACCAAAAGGCGAGAGGAUUUGCAGCUGAGCUGAACAUGAAGAGGAUUAAUAUCUCACCUGAUCAGAUACAGAGGACAGAGGACAACAACUGAACUCCAAAGAGACAAACUCAUUUCUAUGUAUGGCUGUGUCAGGGUCAGGGGCGAUGCUUACCCUUUAAAAAUGAUGUUACUUCAGUCUAAAAUAUGAUGCUGGAAUAGCAGCGGGGCAAAAUAAUGCCAGAGCUUAUAGGUACAACAACAACUAGUUAUACGUGAUUACAAACAUGUGAGUAUGUCUAUGCUAAGAUGACAAGACCUGGAACAUUUUGAAAAUGCGACCAGAAGAGAAGAAUUACCGUAAACGAUUAUUGAUCCAGUACAAAUAUAGUCAAGUAUAUGUGUGAUAAUUUAUCCUCAUUAUGAGCUUAAGUCUUCAGUCCAAGCCAACUUCUCAAAUGUCUUGUCAACGCCUAUUGUUUGUUGAAAUAAGGUGUUCCUUACUUCCUCAGGUUGAAUUCACAUGUCCACACUCUUGUUGGGUGUGGUGGGCUUAUGUGGUGAUAAAACCUAUGCACAGAAACAACACGGCUUGUUGACCUCCAGUUAUGCGGACAUCUGAAUAAGCAACACUGUCAUGUGGCCCAUUGUUUUGCUUGCCCUGGGACUCGGCAGGAACUGCCAUAUGGAUUGUUUGGAGAAAUAUGAGCACUUUCAUCCUUUCAUGAUUUAGCUCAUGAAAUGUUCCCAAUUAUUUUUUGUAUUUAUAGUACUUUGCUCUCACUGUUCUCUGGAAAAGUCGGGCCAUUUUUGGACUUAUCAUCCAGAAUUGUCUUCACUAGAAUGGUUACAGAUAAAAAAUAAAAACCCGCACUCUACAAAAGCUUGUUCCCAGUUGGAUUGACUGUGGUAAACACAAAUGAAUACACUUGCUUUAAUUUGCAGUCCAGUACUUUAAAUGUUUUAUGUUUAUCAGGAGCUGCAUUAUUAACUGGCAUA